AAGUCUUUGCUUUCUGUUUAUUUUUUAUCGGGUAUUCUUUGUGGCCUUCAUAAUCGCUUCGUUGGGACGUUUUUAUUUUUUUUUUCACGCUCGAGACACGACAAUCAACCAACCAUACGCCUAACAACAUCAAUGUCUCUGUUAAAUGUCCGAUAAGAUUAAAACUAUUACAAAAAUAAAGUGUUAAAAACAAAGAAGCUGUUAAUAUUAUGUUUAUGACAAAUAAUCCAUUCCAACCAAACUGGAGAGAAAAACCUUUCAGAGCUGUUAAUUACCCUGUGCUGAUUACCGAUAAAUGGCUACCACCAACACCUACGAAUUAAUAGAUGAAACAAGUGGAAUAAACUAUACUCAUUUAAAAUUGCGCAUAUUUUUGUUAAUAUGUAUGUGCGUAUUUUCAACAUUCUUAGUGUAUCAAGUAUGGGAAUUUGUUUAUAGUCCUUUUCACAACGAUGUCCAUCCAUACCCGUAUCCCUCGCCAGUUGUUUGGUCACAAAGAGCUUCUUUGUAUAAUUUAGCGUAUCAGGAACAAAAUGGAGAAUCACAUGAUUUUCGAUUAGUAAAAAAUUCAACAUUCCGUAUUAAAUACCUACAUUCCGAUGAUGAAAAAGAGUACAUAACAAGAAAUAUGGACGCAGUUGGUCCAGUUCUCAAUAGAUCGUUAAUCGUCUGCUAUUAUUCCACACCAUACUCCGAUGAGCAAUACACUGAUUUAAAUUUGACGGAUGUGAAUGGUACACUAUGCACGCACAUAAAUGUGGGAAUGUCUCUCAUAAGCAAUUCGUCAACCAUAGCCAUAAGUAACGGCCUUAACAAUGUCCUAUUGUAUGAUGUGCCCAAAUUGCGCAAUAGAUACCCCACAUUAAGGAUAUUGUUGUGGAUUGGCGGAGGAAAUUCUGCUAGCGAUGGAUUUCCCGAAAUGGUUAAAAACCAUCAAAAUCGAAAACGAUUCAUUCAGUCUUUGAAAUCAAUUCUAUAUGCCUACAAAUUGGAUGGCUGUGAUUUGGAUUGGGAAUUUCCAAGUGCAUAUAACCGUGAACGCAUGCACUUCUCUCAACUAUUAUAUGAAAUACGCCAAGAGUACAAACGAGAAAGAAGGAACUAUUUGCUCUCGGUGGCCGUGGCAGCCCCAGAAGGUAUUUCUGUAUUUUCGUACGAUGUAGCUGAAAUAAACAAAUACGCAGAUUAUGUUAACAUAAUGUCAUAUGAUUAUCAUUUUUAUACAAAGGGGACACCAUUUACAGGAAUCAAUGCACCACUUUAUCGGCGUAACAAUGAACAUUCCAUAUUGUCCACAUUCAACAUUAAUUAUUCUGUUAAUUGGUGGAUUACAAACGGAUUGGAACCAAAAAAAGUUGUUGUCGGAUUACCCACAUACGGACAUUCCUUUAGUUUGGUGAAUCCAUUCAAUACCAAGAUUGGGGCUCCUGCUUCUGGACAUGGCUACACUGGUAACCAAGGAUUUGUAUCAGCAUCUGAAACAUGCUGGUUUCUUAAGAAAAAUGUUCUUUCGACAUUUAAAUUCGACGAAGAUACGUGCUCUCCCUAUGCAAGCAGCGGAACUGAAUGGAUUUCAUUUGAGAACACACAGAGCAUAUCAUGCAAAGGUGAUUUCAUUAAAAAACAUGGUUUGGGUGGUGCAAUGAUAUUUUCUUUAAACACGGACGAUUUUCGAGGCAUUUGCACAGCAAAUAAAGCAUUUCCUUUAUUGCAAACUCUGUAUAACAUAUUCAAGUAUUAAAUAAAUAAAUUUCGUCCGUGAUACAGAAAAACGGUAGAUCGGAGCGACUACUUAA